CGAAGGGAAAGUUCGUUAAACAACGAGAACCCUCCACCACCUCACUCGCUUCCCCCUUAUGUUCCGCACCGCCUGUUUGUAAAACAGCCACCCUCCUUACCCAUCUCCUCGCGCCUUGAACCCCACGCUUCUCCAAUAACUUUCUUCCUCAACUCCCAACUUCCCUUCGAAAUCGAAUCCAGAUUUUCCCCCUUGCCAAACAGACUCAUUCCUCCAGCAGUCCUGCAAUACGAACGAAACGAACGCCUUCGCUCGAUUCCUCUUGUAGCCAGAGCUUCACCAUCUCCCGUUCAGAGGGAAAAGGAAACUGAGAGCAAUUCUUGUUUUGAAUUUUCUGCUGUUUGGAGAUCACAUUUGAUUAGCGUUGUGCUCGCCUUCGCGUCGAAUUUUCAGAUGGCUCCGACGGCUUUGAUCUGCGACACUCAGCCAUGGAAGGAUUUGAAGGCUCAUGUUGAGGAGAUUAAGAAGACUCACCUGCGGGAGUUGCUGACUGAUACUGAGCGCUGCAAGCAAAUGCUGCUUGAGUUCGACGGUAUAACACUGGACUACUCGCGCCAGCAAGCUACUCUUGGUACAUUGAAUAAACUGCAGAAGCUGGCUGAGGCUGCACAUCUGAAAGAUAAGAUUGAACGCAUGUUUAACGGCGAGCAUAUUAACAGCACAGAGAAUAGGUCAGUGCUCCAUGUGGCUCUUCGAGCUCCAAGAGAUGCUGUGGUUAAGAGUGAUGGCAAGAAUGUUGUGCCAGAUGUUUGGAAGGUUUUGGACCAGAUUAAGGAUUUCUCUGACAAAGUCAGGAAUGGUUCAUGGGUUGGAGCCACGGGAAAACCGUUAACCAACGUUAUUUCUGUUGGCAUUGGUGGCAGCUUUUUAGGUCCUCUUUUCGUGCACACUGCCCUUCAAACAGUGUACCAGCAUUUUUUUUAUACACAAGAAUUAUUUACUGGUAGUAACUCACAGAUCCGGAGGCUAGCAAGCAAGCAAAGGGACGCCAACUGCGAUUGUAAUCUCGCCAAUGUGGAUCCAAUUGAUGUUGCUAGAAAUAUUACAGGCUUGAACCCUGAAACAACGUUGGUUGUUGUGGUUUCAAAAACUUUCACCACAGCUGAAACCAUGUUAAAUGCCCGCACGCUAAGAACUUGGAUUUCAAAAGAGCUUGGACCUUCUGCAGUCGCAAAACAUAUGGUGGCUGUUAGCACAAACCUCAUGCUUGUAGAAAAGUUUGGAAUUGAUCCAAAGAAUGCUUUUGCGUUUUGGGACUGGGUUGGCGGCAGGUAUAGUGUUUGCAGUGCAGUUGGUGUGAUGCCUUUGUUUCUCCAGUAUGGUUUCUCCGUGGUUGAGAAGUUCCUGAAUGGAGCAUGGAGCGUAGAUAAACACUUCUCGUCUGCGCCAUUCGAGAAAAAUCUGCCUGUUCUCUUAGGUUUAUUGAGCGUGUGGAAUGUUUCGUUUCUUGGAUAUCCUGCAAGAGCCAUCCUGCCAUACUCCCAAGCCCUGGAAAAGUUUGCACCACAUAUCCAACAGGUUAGCAUGGAAAGUAAUGGCAAGGGAGUAUCCAUUGAUGGGGUGCCACUUCCGCUUGAGACAGGUGAAAUUGAUUUUGGUGAGCCGGGAACCAACGGUCAGCAUAGCUUUUAUCAACUAAUUCACCAGGGGCGUGUCAUUCCUUGUGAUUUUAUUGGUGUUAUAAAGAGCCAGCAGCCAGUAUACUUGGAAGGGGAGAUUGUCAACAACCAUGAUGAACUCAUGUCUAACUUUUUUGCUCAGCCCGAUGCUCUUGCAUAUGGAAAGACACAUGAACAACUGCUGAAGGAGAAUGUCCCAGAUCAUCUGAUUCCUCACAAGACAUUUACUGGCAACAGACCUUCGAUCAGCCUUCUGCUUUCCUCACUGGACGCAUAUAAAAUUGGACAGUUGUUGGCAAUCUAUGAACACAGAGUAGCUGUACAGGGCUUCAUAUGGGGCAUCAAUUCGUUCGACCAGUGGGGCGUCGAGUUAGGGAAGUCACUUGCCACUCAAGUUAGAAAGCAACUUCAUGCUUCACGGACAAAGAAAGCGCCAGUCCAGGGCUUCAACUCCAGCACCACUACAUUGCUAAACAAGUACCUACAGGAGAGCUUAGAUGUCCCAGCCACUCCUUCAACCCUUCUACCCAAGGUUUAAACAAGCAGGAACCUUUUGCACGCUGGCUGACCAUCCCUUCUUCUUUCAUCAGGCCUUGCUUUUGUACCGUAGAUAUAACGAAUCGAAUCUCGCUUACCCUACAUACAGCAGUACUAAAUUAAUAUUUUUCAAGUCUCGUUAAGUCAUGUCCCCGAUAAGUGCAAGCUUGUUGCCCAGGAAUCCAUGAUGCUUUCCACAAUUGGCAGCUGGUAAUGCUGGCAUGCUGCAGUGGGUAUAAUCCGCUGAACCUAGAGAGAGAGAGAGGAUGACAAAAAGAAUUGAUAUAGUUGAUAACUUGAUACCCAAGGCAUAAAGCUUCUAGACUCUGAUUACUAGUUUACUACUGCUACUGCACUACUUUCUAUUAUCCGAUUUAGAAACAUCAUCCGCUCAUAUCACUAAACUACCCCUACAACGGAGGCCGAAGCAAAUGGGGGAAAAAACAAGUCGGCGACGAGGGUUAGCGAACGGUAAAAAUGAAAUGGAUUUCAGACGCCGGUGGAGCCGAACCCUCCUUCGCCUCUAACGGUGGCUUCCAAAUCUUCAACUUCCACAACCUCGGGAGUGACUAUCUUCUCGAUAAUCAGCUGAGCAAUCCUAUCGCCUUGCUUGACCUCGAAGUCGACGUCGGAGUGAUUGAACAGGAUAACCCCGACGGCGCCUCUGUAGUCGGCGUCUAUCACUCCCGCUCCCACGUCGAUCGAGUGCUUCCACGCGAGUCCGGACCUCGGAGCUGUAGCGCCGGCGUAUGUCCCUUCAGGCACCGCGAUGCUCAGGUCCGUCGGAACUAGGGCUUUCCCCCUCGCCGGGACUUUCGCCUCCGCAGCACUGGAGAGAUCGUAGCCGGCGGAGAGAGGAGAGGCUCUAGUGGGCAAGACGGCCUUCGGGGAAAGCUUCUUCACCUUGAAGAAAGACACAUCGGCGGGGACGAGGGCGGAGUGGACGCCGUUUUGCUGGUCGAGCUUCGGGAUCUUCGCCGCCGGCUCCUGGAUUUCGGCGCUGCCGUUCUUGAUCUCCGCUGCUUGGGCCAUUUUGAGGAGAGGGGUGAUGGGUUUCGGUAAAUCAGAGGUUUGGGGGCGAAAUGGGAAGACGUGAUUGGGAGACGAUAGUUCAUAGUAGUCACUAGUGGGCGGUCGAUUAAAUAGGCAGAAACUCGCCAGUUAUGGCGCGAAUCCUGAAUUAAUGGCGCCAAUGGUUCCCGCCAUGGAGAAGAGGCAUUUAUUCUAUUUAGCGUUCCUUCCCCCUCCCCUUCACAGCUUCUUACGUGUUGUUGAACUGAAUUCAUUGUUCAUAUUUAC